AUGCCGGUGCCGCAGCAAGCCAUCCAGCAACCGUCCGGAACCGUUCCGGCCACUCAGCUUGAUCUUCCGGGAUCGGCCGGCCAGGUGAUGAUGCUGGCGGCGCAGCAAGCCAUCCAGCAACCGUCCGGAACCGUUCCGGCCACUCAGCUUGAUCUUCCGGGACCAGCCGGCCAGGUGGCGAUGGUGGCGCCGCAGCAAGCCGUCCAGCAAUCCUCCAGCCAGGUGCCGAUGUCGUCUUCCGGGUCCCACGCAGCCCUGCAGACCACGGACCAGCAGAAGCGGAUCAACAGGGAGCUUGUUGUGGCCGGCAAGAGGAGCAGUCUCGAGGUCCUGAAGGUGGUGCAAAGGACCCUUGGUCAGAUGAACGGAGUCAACUUGUCUACGGCAUUCCACCGCAUCUCGCGAGGAGGAGCACAAGGGGUGACCGACUCCGGCAUCUUCAGCAGGCUUCUGGAAGUGGCCGAGUGCUACGCCGAGCAGGAGCUGGCAAACCGGGGUUCCUCAUUGCCUGCCAACUGCUGCACCAUCAUCGCAUGGUCUUGUGCGCAGCUGCGGACCUUCCCGCCGUCGCUCUUUGCCAAGCUGGCGGCCAUCGCGACCCCGCAGCUCCGCAGCUGUCAGGCCUAUGAGGUCACGAAUUUGCUUUGGGCCUUCGCAGAGUUCUACAAGUACGAACAGGACACUGCCUCCACUGUGGUUUCAGAGCUGCGGGCCCUCGUGGAUGCCGUGGCAGAUGUCUUCAGCGGACGAAGCACUGGCGACUUCAAGGUGCAAGUCCUCACCUCGGCCCUCAUGUCCGUGAGCGCUCUCCCUUGGGACCAGAGCUUCUCCAGUACUUGGCUCCUCAACAGCAGCUUUCAGGAGCUCUCCUCACGCUGGGAGGAGCUGGAGCUCGAAGCCCAGGCGCAAGUCGCCGUGGCACUCGAGCGAUUGCGGGUGAAGUGCGCUCCCUUCUUCAACAGUCUCCUACGGAGGGCCGGCCAGGAGUUUCCAGCUGUGAAGAUCUCGCUGGAAGCUCAUUUGCUGAGCCGGGUCCGUUGA